UAGUAAUUAUAAUGGCGCCAAACACUUCUUACUUUGGGCGGCGAAAAUCGCCGGCGAUUGAAGAAUCUUCACUCGCGACUAGAACCAUGAUGGAGACAUCGAGGCUGCCGUUAUCGUCUUCGAUUAGAGGGAAGCUGAUAUCUGCCGGUUACACUUCUCUUUCAUCGAUUUCUUCCGUCUCUUCAACUGAUCUCGCUCGAGAUGUAAAUAUCACAGAGGCGGAAGCAUUUGACAUUUUGAAGCUUGCAAAUCAAAUUUCUGGAUCCAAUGGAAGCAGCUCGCUUAUAAAUGGAGCAAAGAAUGCUUGGGAUAUGCUACAUGAGGAGGAAUCUUUGCCGCGCAUUACUACAUCUUGUUCGGAUCUUGAUAGCAUCUUGGGUGGUGGAAUAAGCUGUAGGGAUGUUACCGAGAUUGGUGGGGUACCGGGUAUUGGCAAGACUCAGAUUGGGAUCCAGUUCUCUGUGAAUGUUCAGAUUCCUCGUGAGUGUGGUGGUCUUGGAGGGAAAGCAAUUUAUAUCGAUACAGAAGGUAGCUUCAUGGUGGAGCGUGCUUUACAGAUUGCAGAAGCUUGUGUGGAGGACAUGGAGGAAUACACAGGAUAUAUGCAUAAACAUUUUAAAGCUAAUCAAGUACAGAUGAAACCCAAUGAAUUAGAGAACAUAUUCUUCUUCCGUGUCUGCAGAUACACCGAGCAAAUCGCAUUGGUCAAUCAUCUUGACAAGUUCAUCUCUGAAAAUAAAGAUGUUAAAGUGGUAAUCGUAGAUAGUAUCACGUUUCAUUUCCGUCAGGACUUUGAUGACUUAGCCAAGAGGACACGAGUGCUCAGCGAAAUGGCUUUAAAGUUCAUGAAGCUUGCCAAAAAAUUCUCACUUGCUGUUGUGUUAUCAAACCAAGUGACCACAAAGUACACCGAAGGCUCGUUUCAGUUAGCUCUUGCUUUAGGGGAUAGCUGGUCUCAUUCUUGCACCAACAGAGUGAUUCUGUAUUGGAACGGUGAUGAGCGUCACGCUUAUAUCGAUAAAUCCCCUUCACUUCCUUCAGCUUCAGCUUCAUACACAAUAACUAGUAGAGGUCUAAGAAACUCCUCCUCAAGCAACAAGCGAGUCAACUCAAGAUGAUGAGAAAGCUUAGUCUUACGUUUCUUCAUUUCAUUAGUCUCUGAGAGCAUCCAUGGCUUCUUCUACUUCUUCUCUAGCGAUCUCUCAAGCUCUCCUUGGCCGAACCAUCUCUCAAAAUGGCUCCGACAAGUGCGUCUCUAUCCCAGCUUUCUCUGGUCUCAAAUCCCCUCCCCGACGCACCACCUUCUCCAGUGGACGCAUCGCCUCCACGAACAGUCGCUCCCUACGCCCUCUCGUUCGCGGCUGCACGUAGAGACGAAGACUGCCUCGUCCUUUGAAAUGUGAUGGAGAAGACACUUAGGGAUGUUUUCACUUUCGUCUUCUAGGGCAACAACAUAGCUAAAAAAUUUGUAGACACGGCUUCUUUCCGAAGUUAUUUGGUCUGUGUGUAUAAAUUAUAAACUGUUUCUCAUGUUCAGAUGGUUUUCCUUAUAUAAGUCUUUCUGGAA